UUUGAGUUCCAAAAUUUUUUUAUAAACUUAAAAAUUUUCUUUCACCAAAGAAAAUCAGCAAAAAUAUCAGCAAUAUAAAUAUAUACCAAAGAGAAAAGUGAUUGGUUCCCAUAGAAAUGGAAGCAAGUUUUGUGUUGAAGCAGUUACCGAGCUGCUUGAGUCUCUCCCUCCGUUGGUUACCUAGUCAAGUACCCAAUACCAAAUUCCUUUCUUUCUGUUCCUCCAGUAAAUCCCACUUGCUUUUCUUCAAUCCCAAAUACCCAUCUCCUUCAAAACUUCAAAAUUUCAUUUUGAAUAGCAGCAAUGGCGCCACCAAACCCAGAACCACUACCAAGAAAAGGAAAAUUCCUAAAAGAUCUAUUGGUAUCUCAAAAUCCAACGGUAACAAAUCAAGAACUGCUAGUUCUAGCAGCACGGAAAGUAAAAAGAUCGUUUUAGUUCAAGAAGAAAGGGAAAAGGAAGAGAAAAAGGAGAUAAAUGUGAAGUCUUUGCAUCAAAAUGGGGACCCACUUGGACGGAGAGAUCUAGGAAAGAACGUAGUAAAAUGGAUAAGCCAAGGAAUGAGAGCAAUGGCUAAUGAUUUUGCUGCGGCGGAGACGCAGGGGGAGUUCUUGGAACUCCGGCAAAGGAUGGGAUUAGAGGCUGGCUUGACGUUUGUUAUACAAGCGCAGCCUUAUAUUAAUGCUGUUCCUAUACCUUUAGGCUUAGAGGCUCUUUGCUUGAAGGCUUGUGCUCAUUAUCCUACUCUGUUUGAUCAUUUCCAAAGAGAGCUAAGGGCUGUUCUUCAAGACCUGCAGUCUAAAGGGUUGGUUCAGGAUUGGCGAAAGACUGAAUCUUGGAAGUUGCUCAAGGAGCUUGCUAAUUCAGUUCAGCAUAGGGCAGUUGCUCGAAAGGUGUCGCAACCAAAGCCUUUACAAGGAGUUCUGGGGAUGAAAUUGGAGAAGGCUAAGGCUAUACAGGGAAGGAUUGAUGAGUUUACCAAGAGCAUGUCAGAAUUACUCCGCAUAGAGAGGGAUGCUGAGCUGGAGUUUACACAGGAGGAGUUGAAUGCUGUUCCUACACCCGAUGAAAGUUCUAAUUCAUCUAAACCAAUUGAGUUCUUGGUUAGCCAUGGUCAGGCUCAGCAAGAGCUUUGCGACACUAUCUGCAACUUGUAUGCUGUUAGCACGUCUACAGGAUUAGGAGGAAUGCACCUAGUACUGUUUAGGGUCGAAGGGAAUCAUAGAUUGCCACCUACAACUCUUUCACCUGGAGAUAUGGUUUGUGUGAGAACUUGUGAUAGCAGGGGUGCUGGUGCAACUUCUUGCAUGCAGGGUUUUGUGAACAACCUCGGGGAGGAUGGCUGUAGCAUCUGUUUGGCUUUGGAAUCUCGUCAUGGUGAUUCCACCUUCUCUAAGCUCUUUGGAAAAAGUGUUCGCAUUGAUCGUAUCCAGGGACUAGCUGAUGCGCUUACAUAUGAGCGUAAUUGUGAGGCCCUGAUGCUGCUUCAAAAGAAUGGUCUGCAGAAGAAAAAUCCAUCAAUUGCUGUUGUGGCUACAUUAUUUGGUGACAAGGAAGAGGUUGCAUGGUUGGAGGAGAAUCAUUUGGCAGAAUGGGCUGAAACAGAUGUGGAUGGAUCUUCUGGAAGUUUAAUGUUUGAUGAGGCGCAGCAGAGGGCACUUGCCUUAGGAUUGAACAAGAAACGCCCCCUAUUGAUUAUCCAGGGGCCACCUGGCACUGGGAAAUCAGGUUUGCUUAAGGAACUUAUUGUGCGUGCUGUUGACCAGGGUGAAAGGGUGCUCGUGACAGCACCUACAAAUGCAGCUGUUGACAAUAUGGUUGAAAAGCUUUCAACUAUAGGGUUAGACAUUGUGCGAGUUGGUAAUCCAGCUCGUAUUUCUUCAGCUGUAGCAUCAAAAUCUUUAAGUGAAAUAGUGAAUUCUAAGAUGGCAACUUUUUGUAUGGAGUUUGAAAGGAAAAAGUCUGAUCUAAGAAAAGACCUCAGACAUUGUUUAAAGGAUGAUUCUUUAGCUUCUGGCAUUCGUCAGCUUCUAAAACAGCUUGGGAAGUCACUGAAGAAGAAGGAAAAAGAGACUGUCAAGGAGGUUUUAUCAAGUGCACAAGUGGUUCUUGCAACCAACACUGGAGCAGCUGAUCCACUGAUUCGGAGGUUGGAUAAGUUUGACCUGGUUGUUAUUGAUGAAGCAGGGCAGGCAAUAGAACCUUCUUGCUGGAUCCCAAUAUUGCAGGGUAAACGUUGUAUUCUUGCUGGCGACCAAUGUCAGCUUGCUCCAGUGAUUCUAUCCAGAAAAGCCUCGGAGGGUGGACUUGGCAUAUCUCUUCUGGAAAGAGCUGCGUCUCUGCAUGAAGGGAUCCUUGCAACCAAGUUAACAACACAAUACCGUAUGAAUGAUGCAAUAGCCAGUUGGGCCUCCAAAGAGAUGUAUGGUGGAUUAUUAAGGUCUUCUUCAGAAGUUGCUUCACAUCUUCUUGUAGAUUCUCCAUUUGUUAAGCCCACGUGGUUAACUCAGUGCCCCCUGCUGUUGCUUGACACAAGAAUGCCAUAUGGAAGUUUGUCAAUCGGUUGUGAAGAGCAUUUAGACCCAGCCGGAACAGGCUCAUUUUACAAUGAAGGAGAAGCUGAAAUUGUUGUUCAACAUGUCAUUUCCUUAAUUUAUGCAGGUGUAAGGCCAACAACUAUCGCAGUUCAAUCACCUUAUGUUGCUCAGGUACAGCUCUUGAGAGACAGGCUUGAUGAACUUCCAGAGGCGGCCGGUGUUGAGGUUGCAACUAUUGAUAGCUUCCAAGGCCGUGAGGCUGAUGCAGUAAUCAUAUCAAUGGUUCGCUCGAACACUUUGGGAGCUGUUGGAUUCCUUGGAGACAGCAGGCGAAUGAAUGUUGCCAUUACAAGAGCGCGGAAACAUGUAGCUGUUGUCUGUGAUAGCUCAACAAUAUGCCAUAACACCUUUCUAGCAAGACUCUUGCGCCACAUCCGCUAUUUUGGUAGGGUCAAGCAUGCUGAGCCUGGAAGUUUUGGGGGAUCUGGACUUGGUAUGGAUCCAAUGUUACCUUCAAUCAGUUGAGUACAACAUAACAUCAUUUCUCCAACUAGAAAUUGAUUUGGAGAAGAAGGUGACAUUAGAUGUCUGGGUUCUGCUUUUGUAUCAUCCAUUUAUGUACAGAAGGUUUUUCAUUUUUGUCGAACCGAAAAAUCAAUGCCAUUCUUAAUUGUAGUUAUUGGUUAGAUUUUUGUAUAUAAACAGCACAUAAAUGCCAUUCUUAAUUGUAUAGGAUAUGGAGUUGAUAAAUUGUUUAAUGAAAUUUCAGUGCAAGCUUGAUAAAUUAUUUAAUGUUA